AUGACCAAUGAGUUUAAUUCUCCUCUUCCCAUGCCAGGGAUUGACUCAUGCAAAUGGCUGCUGUCAGAUGGAAGAUUCCAAGGAGAUAAAAUAUGGCAACCCUAUGGUUGUAUGAUGCAUACCUACUCUACUUCGUUAGUUCUCAUCUUUAUUAUUCCAAAGGAUACAAGAAUGUGUCUACGUUAUGUGGGUUUUUGGAGAGAAAGUACCCAAAUGGCAUUUGUUGGAGAUUCUCGGAUCAGGCAGGUUUACCUUGCCCUCAUCAGUCACAUCAGUGGGCAAGAAGAAGUUUUGCCUGAGCAAAAGAAGCAUGCUGACACUUUUUAUGAAAACCAUGAUAUGCAAGUCCGUGUAGAUUUCAAGUGGCAAGCCAAUCCUGACUUUAAGAUGCUUGAAGUACUCCAGAAAUGGAAGGAAGCUGAUAAUGCUCCUCGCAUAAUAGUCCUUGGUUCUGCAACCUGGGCAAUCAAGAUCUCAAAUGGAAGCCUUGACUCAUUGGAAGAAUACAAGAAUAAUUUGUCCAUUAUUGCAAAUGCAAUGAGUAUUCUUGGAGCUAAUGGUAAGAGAAUAAUAUGGAUGCUCCAGGAUCCUGUCAUUGAAGAGGACCUUGAUCCAGCUCGUAAAAUGAUUACAAAUGAACAAAUUGAUCUAUAUAACAAAGGUGCUUUGGAGGUCUUGGAGAAGCAUAAGCAUAUAUUUGUGUGGUCCAGUAGUCGAUUAAUAACUCAAGGACUGAUGGCAUCAACUCAAGCAGAAAAAAGUGAUGGAUUGCAUCUCUCACCUCUUGCCCUCAAGCAUGACACACAGAUCUUGUUGAAUCUGUAUUGCAAUGACAGGAUGAACUAUCAUGAUGGGACAUGCUGCAGCAGUGCUGAACCUGUUACAACACUUCAAAAACUGACUCUUUUCACACUAAUUGCAUUUCUUGCUCUUGCUGUCAUACUAUUCCUCGUCAAGCAAUACACACUGCUGAAGGGUACACGUCGACAUUAUAGUAUUUUGCCUAAGACAACAACCAAUGGAGAUCUUGUGCAAGGAAGAGCUGAGUUAUCCAAUUUCACAUCAACUUUUGAGCACUACUUCCCUCUCUUCUUCUCUCUUGGGAAAGCUGGGGUCAUUAUGGCUUACUGUUUCUUGUGUGACAGAACUAAUUUUUUUAUGAAGGACAACAAGGCCUAUGUAGGGUUGAACUUCUGGCUUCCUAUUGGCUAUCUCUUUGUUGUUGGCAUCUUCUUCACAGAAGAGUCCAAGUUCACACGCAUUCUUCAUCGAGACCAGACAGACGAGUGGAAAGGAUGGAUGCAACUUGUAAUCCUUGUAUACCAUGUCACUGGAGCCAGCAAAGUGAUUCCAAUCUACAUGCAUAUUCGGAUUAUUGUCUCUGCAUACCUCUUCCUAUCUGGAUAUGGUCAUUUCACAUACUUCUGGCUGAAGGGCGACUGUAGUUUUAUCCGUUUCUGCAAGGUCAUGUUCCGUAUGAACUUUCUGGUGGUCGUACUUUGUCUAACCAUGAACAGGCCAUAUCAAUUCUACUAUUUUGUCCCUCUCAUCUCCUUCUGGUAUCUGGUCAUAUAUGUCUUUCUUGUCAUUCCACCUCAGGUGUUUUUUGAGCGCGUGUUUGUUACUCGUCCCUGGAAGGCUCUGUUUGUGACAACAGAUGAUGAUAUUCAUGAGUGGUGGUUUCGGUGGAAGCUGGAUCGCUACAGCAUUGCCUUUGGGAUGGUAUAUGCAUUUGCCUAUCAGAUGGCUCAACGACACAAUUUUCUGGAUGAUGGGAAUCACAGCAAUUUAUGGUCAAGAGGUGUAGCCUUGACUGUCACCUUUUUAUCCAUCAUUGGUCUUGGUGGAUUCUCAACUUUUACUCUCUUAUGCCAAUCCAAGCCAGAGUGCAAUGAAAUUCAUUCUUACAUUGUCUUCAUACCUAUUGUGGCCUUUCUUCUUCUGAGGAACAUUUCUGGUGUUCUUCGGACUCAGUACUCCCGGUUUUUUGCCUGGUUUGGUCAGAUCUCCUUGGAACUCUUUGUGAUUCAGUAUCAUAUAUGGUUAGCAGCUGACACUUACGGAGUGCUUGUGCUUCUACCAGGCUUCCCAGUUGCCAACAUUCUUCUGACUUCAUUCUUAUUUGUAUGUGCUGCUCAUGAGAUGCACUCUAUCACCAAUGCCCUGGUUCCCUAUGUGGUGCCUGAGGACUGGAAAUACACGCUUCGCAAUGUCCUCAUUUUUAUUCUCAUUCUCAUUCCCAUUGGCAUUCAUGAUGGAAUCUGGCAUAGUUUCCAAGACAUCCACAUCCCUAUCCUUGUCACUCAUUCCAUUCCCCAUUCCCAGGCCUUGCCUCGCCUGAGCUCAGCCUGGGAUCUCAGCCAAGUCCCAUCUCCCUCACCCGCCCUUGCCUUACCU